AUGGAGCAGUGUGGAGCCUGCCGUGCCCCAGAGCCCUACGAGGGCCCUGAAGGCGUCCACCCCCUCGACCAGCUGUCGCCGCAGGAGGUCUCCCGCGCGACAGCCUGCACGCGCGCGCACGCCGCGGCGCUCGGCGUGCCCGGCGCGCUGCGCUUCAACACCGUGAUGCUGCAAGAGCCCGCAAAGCGCGACCUCCUCGCCUUUUACAACGGGCGCGGCGCGCGGCCGCCGCGGCGCGCGGUCGUGUGGGUGCUGAACCCGCCCCACGGCCACCUAUUCGAGGGCAUCGUGGAUCUGCCCUCCGCCGGCGGCGGCGACAGGAUGCUGCGGUGGAAGCUGCUGGAAGGCGUGCAGCCGACGACGACCCCCGACGACAACGUUUUGGCGGAGGAGAUCAUCCUGGCAGACAAAAGGGUGAUGGACAUGGUGGCGGAGCGGUACGGCAUCACGGACCCCAAUCUGAUCAUCUUUGACCCCUGGACGCUGCACGGCACCCCGCCGGGCUACGAGGGGCGGCGGCUGAUGCAGGGGUUCCUGUACGUGCGCAAGUGCAAGGACGACAACGAGUAUGCGCACCCCCUGGACCUGCUCCCCCUUGUGGAUUUGAAUCUGGGCAAGGUGAUCAACAUCGAGUGCUACGACAAGCCCGCAAAGAUCCCCCCGACGCUGGUCAACUACCACGCCGACCUGGCAAACGGCACCACCGGCACGGGGUGGCGCUCUGACCUGAGGCCCAUCGACAUCACGCAGCCGGAGGGGCCGUCCUUCACGGUCGAGGGCACGCUGGUCAAGUGGCAGAAGUGGCAGGUGCGGCUGGGCUUCACCCCCCGAGAGGGCCUCGUGCUCCACAACGUCGGCUGGCAGGAGGAGGGCGGCCGCGUGCGCCCCAUCCUGCACCGCGCCAGCCUGGUGGAGAUGGCCGUGCCCUAUGGCGACCCAAACCAGCCGUACGUGCGCAAGUGCGCGUUUGACGUGGGGGACUACGGCAUGGGGUUCACGGCCAACAGCCUGGAGCUGGGCUGCGACUGCGUCGGCCACAUCAAGUACUUUGAUGGAGUGGUCAACAACGCAAAGGGCGAGCCGCUGGUGAUCCGCAACGCCAUCUGCCUGCAUGAGGAGGACGCGGGGAUGCUCUGGAAGCACACAGACACGCGGCUCAACAGGGUCGAGGUGCGGCGCAACCGGCGCCUGGUGGUGUCGCAGGUGUCAACCUUUGCGAACUACGAGUACGCCAUGUACUGGAACUUUUACAUUGAUGGCACCAUGUCACUGGAGAUGAAGCUCACGGGCAUCCUGUCAACCACAUACCGGCCCCUUGAGGAGAAGCCGGGCAACGUGCCGUUUGGCAUCGACGUGGCGCCCGGCGUGAUCGCCACCAACCACCAGCACCUGUUCUGCGUGCGCCUCGACCCGUCCAUCGACUGCGCCGAGGGCGGCAAGGACCUGGUGGUGAGCGAGGUCAACGCAGACAUGCUGCCCCUGGGGCCAGGCAACCCCCGCGGCAAUGCGUUCCAGGUGAACGAGACGCCGCUGCUCAGCGUGCAUGCGGCCAUGCGCGACGCGGCCCCAUUCAGGUCGCGCGCGUGGAAGGUGAAGAAUCCCGCGGUCAUCAACCCCAUCACGGGGCAGCCCGUUGGCUUCAAGCUGCUGCCCACGCACAGCACGCCCAUGCUGAUGCAGCCCGAGAGCCUGGUGGCCAAGCGCGCCUUUUUCGCGACCAAGCACCUGUUUGUGACGCCCCACGACGACGAGCAGGUCUUCCCGGCGGGAGACCACGUGGUGCAGUCCGAGGACUGCCUCGGCCUGAAGAUCUGGACUAAGGAGGACAAGCCGCUGGCGGGCGCCGAUCCCGUGAUCUGGCACUCGUUUGGCAUCACCCACCUGCCGCGGCUGGAGGACUUCCCCAUCAUGCCCGUGGAGGUGGUGGGGUUCACCUUCAAGCCGUGGGGCUUCCACAAGUGGAACCCCACACUGGACCUGCCCCCAACCCGCAACGCGGCCAGCAAAGAGGACGUUCAGGCCGCCGCCUCCGCCCCCAAGCUGCCGCGCCCCCGCAUGUGA